AUGACAACUUUGGACGAUAAAAUUCUCGGUUUAAAAACCCAAAAUUACGUAUCGAGCUCUGAAAGUGAAGGAGAAGAUGAGGAUGAUAAAAUUAUGGACGAUGAAGACCCUAGAAACGAUAACAUCGAUCUAAGCGAUGUAGCAGCUCCUUCGGAUUUUCGACUUGAAGUUCCGAAGGUGAAAGUUUAAUCAACGUAACACUGAUUAAUUUUCUGUUUAUCGCUGUGAAACAUAAAUUUACUCAUUCCUCACCUCAUAUCGCUAACUGUAUGGUUUGAUAGAUCUAUGAUGACGGAUAAAUAGUUGCCGCAAACACACUUUCUCUUUUGAAGAGAUAGAAAGUUCCUUUCAUCAACUAACGACCUUGUGAAAGCUUAAGAUAACUUAUUCUUGUGAUCGAAUGUGCGAAUUGAUCGCAAUUUUGUUGGAUGUCUGAAAAAAGUUGAUAAAAAAUUUGACAGCAACGGUAAGGUUUCCGUGUCACCCUAUACUUGAUUAUACAUGCAGUUCUCGGAUCAAAGAAAUCAAUUGCAAAUAGAGUUAAUCUUUUCUGGAGCAUCACAGCGGGCAAGAACCUUAAAUCCUCCAAUGUGAUUGGCUUAUAAGCUUUCAACCCCUCCAGUUUAUUGCAAUAUGGACCAUGGUCUAAAGUUUUUCCACGUCAUACAUGACAAAGUGCUAAAAAAGUAAACCAGCUGAAACAUAAAUAAGUAAUUUAUCAGUCAGUCUAUACUGGGAAAAAACUGUACCCUUGGUAACUCUCCUUUGGGUUGAAUUUCAAAGCUGACAUGCUGACUUGCAUUUCAAGCAUCAGCACUUUGUUAGAGUGAUGACAGAGGACUAAUGCCAGAAACAUCAGCUUUGAAACUUGUUAUGGUGACCAAUCUACCUUAUCAACCUAGUUAACCCUUUAACUCCUGUGAGUGACCUAGACAUAAUUUCUCCUUACUAUAUCUAUACAAUAUCACAUAGACAAGUGAUGAGAAUAAAGAAAAAUAUCAAUUAUUGGAUUAGUAAUUGAUCUGAUAUCAAAUUCUCCAAACUAAAAUAAUGAGAAUCAUUUGGCAGACAGUAAGGAGUAUUAAUAAUGAGACUUACAGAGUUAAAGGGUUAAUAAAACCAAAAUUAUCUUGUUACACUCCUCAACAGACACAGCACCACAGUUCUAUCAGAAACUUGCCCCUUUUAUUUAGCCCUUUGCCAGAUUGGUUUUCUUUUUUUAUAUAUUUUCUAUUAACUCAUAAUUGAUCUUGAGUCUUCAGACAGGACCCAAAGGUGUAAUUCAAGACUAUCGUCGCUAUAAGCAACUUGAGACUGAACAGCGGAAAGAAAAAGAGAAAGAAAUUAGAGCAUUGGCACAGAAGUUUUCUGUCUCUUGCCAAAGCAGUGUAAGUUGUCAUCAUUACAUAAACAAUAUAAUAUAUCUAAAGUGCCUUUGGAACUUUUAUAAAUGCCUGGUUUUUGAUAAUGCAUGUCAUUAAAAAACUGCCAUCUCUUGUCCUUAUAAUAAGAUAGGGUUAGUGAAAAAAGGUCCCUAAUUGGCUUGUGAUGAACUACUAUAUUCUCCUCUCAAAUUGUCUUAUAUUCCCUUGUUAAACUAGAGGGAGAAGUGGACAUUUCAUCUUAUCUCAUUUAACCCUUAAACUCAUAAAAAUGAUCCAUAUGAUAUCCAUACAUUAUCCAACAAACAGGUCAUGAGAAUACUCAAACUUAUCAGGUAGAAAUUGUUAUCUUGAUCUAAAACUGAAUUCUUAUAACUAAUUUACUAAGAAAUGUGGAGCAGCUACAGGGGAGAAUUAACAAUCGGAUCUUGGAUUUAAAGGGUUAAGGUCUUCUACCCACCAAACUCCUGGAUUAAGCAAGGCCUCUGUGUAAAUAUCCACUUAUCAGUAUAAGAACAAAAGUCAGUGACCCUAUUGUGAGCUUACACAUAAAUCUGUAGAUAAGUUUCAAUAUCGAAAGCCAAACAAAUGCUGUUUUUACUACUUUCCAUCUUAUGAGGUUUCCAAAAGUAUUGAUUGGAGGAUGUUUGUUAGUUCAUUGCAUGUUACCUCCCCCUCCCUGCCUAAUAUUUCAGUGGGCUGCCUUAAUUUGACCCUUUUCCCCCUGAGAGUGACUAGCAUCUAACAUCUCCCUGUAAUAUCCCCCCUGAAUUACACGCAAAGGUCACAAGAAUAACAAAAAUGAUCACCAACUAAAGAGACUCUUGAUUGUUCAACAAAUUCUCCUUGUCAGCACCUCUAGAACUCUAUAGAGAACAAUAUGGAGAAUAUGUAUACUGAUGCUAGGGUGUAAGGGGUUAAAUUUGGAGCUCCAAUCACCAUACAUUAUAUAACAAUGGAAAGGUUAGUUACAGUAAAUAACUCGUGUGCAUUUCAAUAUUUUCCAAUUUUUUUUUCUUGGAGAAUGUAGUUAAAAUAGUAAUGCUUCAUUUAAUGUUAAAGAAAAAAUUUGAAAAUAAUGUCUCUAAAUAUAAAUAAGCAAUUUAGAAAAUGAAUAUAAUUAAAUUUUUUGUUAUUUACAGCUUGAUGAUGAAAGAGAAAAGGAACUUCUUAAGGAGCUAGAGCUUGAUACUGAUGAAUUCAUUCAACAAUACCACUUGCAAAGAUUACUUCAGUUAAAGGAAGAACAGGAAAGAAGACUUCAACUAAACAGGUUGAAACACUUCCAUUUUCUUAAUGAUUAAAGGAAAAAUAAGUAAAGAAAUGAUCCUCAUUGGUGAACUUUGACUGUGACUGAGAAAACUGCAGGAAAAGAAGCUUGAAAAUUUCCUUUCUCAUUUAUUUGUUUAACCCUUUAACUCUCAGAGUGAUUUACAUGUAACUUCUCCCAACAAUAACCAUACACUAUCCAACAAACAGGUGAUGAGAUUACUCAAACUUAUCAGUUAGAGGUUGUUAUCAUGAUACAACACCAAAUUCUUAUAACUAAAUUACAAGGAAAUGUGUAACAGUUAGAUGGGAGAAUUAACAACCAGAUCUUGAGAGUUAAAGGGUUAAUUAAAAUAUAGUAAUCCUAAAUUGUCGUGUGAUCCACCAGUUUUAUGAGGAGUGGCUUAACACUUUUUUUUCCAAUAGUCCUCUCAACUUAUUACUAUUCAUUUUGAUAUCAUCAUGAAAUUUUUCCUUUUCAGCCCCAAGUUUGGAAAAGUAAUUUCAUUACAGAACAAGGAUCAGUUUCUUGAUGCUGUCGAUAAAGAAAACCCAAAUGUGAUUGUUGUGGUUCAUCUUUACAGUGAGGUAACAUCAUUUUAAUCCUUAACACCCCAACAUCAGCAUGCAUAUUCUCCAUACAAGGAGAUUUUGUCUAACAAUCAAGAGCUUCUUGAGUUUGCGAUCAUUUCCUUAAUUCUCGUUACCAUAAUAUUUGAUUCAGGGGCAAUGUUGUUGGGAUAAAGUAGAUUUGUUAGUCACUCUUAAGGGUUAAAAGGGUGUAAAAAUUUAUAACAUGUUUUUAUCCAAAUCAUACCGCAGUAUUUUAAGUAUCAUGCUUAAUUCUUAAUUUCCUUUUUUAUACUAUAAGGAUCUUCAAAGCUGUAGAGCUAUGAAUGGUUGUCUGCAGUGUUUAGCCCAGCAGUACUCUCUGGUGAGAAAUGUUUAUCAUUCUAUAUGAUUUCCUCCUAAGAGACUGGUUAUUUUUUAUAUAAAGGGGAAGAAGGAAAAAUAUGUUGGGAAAUUUAGAAUCAAAAUUUCUAUAAGUUGCUCCCCCCCCCCCUCCCCCCACACUUUCAGGCCAUGUUAAUAGCAUGUGACCCCCUUCUUUAUUAAAUAUUAUAAAUAUUAAUGCAAUGACCACCCUUUUCCCCCCCCAUCACUUCAUAUCACCUCUCAUAAUUACCUAGUAAUUAUUAAAAUUAGUUUCACACACAACCACAAGAUGAUUACUUUGCACAACACCACCUUGGGCAAUGGAUCACUGAUAAAAUGUACCUCAAACUGCUGACCCCUCCUUAGAAUUCAUGAUAAAAAGUUUACCUCCCCCCUUGAGCCAAUCAGAAAUAGCCAUUGACCCCCCUUUUUUUCCCUCCUUCCUCCCUCUGAACAAAUAAUGACAGGUCCUGGUUGUACUUUUAAAUUUGGUUUGAUCAUAAUUGCUGUUUGAAGAACUUGUUUUGCAUGGUCCUUUUAUUGUGGCAUGGUAAUAAUAUUCAUGAUUUUAAAAUAAAUUCUAGUUAUUAUUUCUCAGAGAAAUGAUGUGUAGAUUUGUUUGGUGCUAAAAUGCACGCCUAUUUCAAAGCAAUUAUGAUGCAUGUUAUUGUUGCUGUUUUCCUUUGAUUCAAAUUAGGUCAAAUUUUGCAAGAUCAUUGCAAGGGAAACUGGUAUUAGCAGAAACUUUGUAAGUUUAAAUUUCUGUACCAACUUUGUGAAUUUGAAUUGUGGAAAGUUAAUAAUUGGACCUCAUGACCGAUCAUUGUGAGUGUAUCCCUUCAUCUUCUCAAUCUUGGGCUGCUUUCUUAGCCCCACCCACCCCUCCCCAUGGUCGUCUUGAUAGUCCAUAGGUCUUCUUGUUGGGGUCUUCUCCAUCUCAGUGUUAGUUCUUUUUCAUUGCAUUUCCUUGGAUGGCUUCCAUCCAAGGAUUGGCAGAUGAUGCUGGUCACCUGUCAGCAUAGAGUGUUCCCACUCCAUCUCCACAUCCCCUUGUAGAUGUUGUCUGCUAUGGCAGCAUUCUCCUUUUCAGGUAGUAACUGGUAAAAUUUACAACCUAUAGUACAUCUUAUGAUAGCCUUAAGUUGCAUGGAAUUCUUCAAAAUUCAACAAGUAAAACGAUUGCUUUACCAGUGUAAAUACUUUUUUAACCUAUUGUGCUUAAGAUAAAGGAGAACACUGGAUAGGUAAAAGAUGACAACUAUGGGCUCUUGCAAUUAGAUCAGAACAGCCUGGCAUAAACAAUUCAUUAAAAAAAAAUGUCACUUAAAUCAAAUUUGUGUGAACAGGUCAAUUCAAAUCUAAAGUUGAAAUACCAUGUUGACAGACUGUUUACAAAAUUAUUAAAAACUUCUGAAAAUAUUAUUUUAUUAAUGUUUUGACACCAUUCAUUUUUAAAGUUAGCAAUCUGGCUAGCCAGUUUCUGCUAGCUGUAACCAGCCAAGGCAUAUGAAAUUGUAAAUAUGUUUUCCUGUUUUGGCAUUUAUCUCAUUUCAUCGCAGACAAAAGAAGGCCUCCCUGCUUUACUUGUUUACAAAGGUGGACAAACUAUUGGCAACUUUGUUAAGCUGGAAGAUACCUUUGGACAAGACUUCUUUGCUUCUGAUGUAGAGAGCUUCUUGAUUGAGUAAGUGCGAACAUGGUGGGGAACUUGACUGGUUAGUUAGAGAAGAUUGCACUUAGAUGGAAGUCUUUUAAGUUUAGUGGCCCAUUGCAGCUCUGGCUCAUGCAAGGCUCUUCAGCUCAAGAAGAGCAAGAGUAUUGCUAUUCAAACAAAUUAAACUUGUUUGGCAGACAUGGCAGAGAUCUGAUAUUUUAAUUCUAGAUCUAGACUCAAUCUCACCACCCACAAAGCCAUUACAUCCAUCCAAACUGUACUAACAGACUGAAAUAAUUUCAUGUCAAAGAAUGAACCAAUGGAUCUGUGGUUUACCCUUAAACUCCCACAAGUGAUCAACAUGUAACUUCUCUCUUUAAUAUUCAUAUGUUAUCCAGCAAACAGGUUAUGAGAAUACUCAAAUCUAACACUAAAUUUCUAUGACUCAUUUACAUGGAAAUGUGUAGCAGCUAGAAAGGAGAGUUGAUAAUCAGAUCUAGCAAGUUAUAGAGGAAACAAGAGGGAGGUGUAAAUGGAAACAGAGCAAAAAGUCCUCUAUUGCAUUUAAUUGAUAAAUAUUUCUCAUGAAGGACAGGAAAAGAGACACCACUACUAGGUUUACAUACUCUCUUCUAAACACACCCAUCAACUAAUCAAAAAGCAUGUAGCAUGAUAAUAAAAAAAAAAAAUAAUAAUAAUAAUAGUAAUAAUGGUUUAUUAGCAUAUCCAUCUGAGGGGUGGCUCUUCUAUGCUACAAACUAACUACAAACUAGCUAAAAAUCUAUAUCAUUAUUCCAAAAAUUGAUAAUAUUGCAUAUUGCAUUUUAAAUAUAACAAUUAUCUAAGGCUUCUAUGUAAGGAUUGACUUACAUAUUUAAAAAUAUUGGUACUAUCUUGAAUAUAUUAUAUAAAUAAUACAAAAUCAUUGUUUAGAAUAAUGUCAAUGCCUAUGAAACUGCUUUUCCUCAACAUGAUACUAGCACUUUAAAGAACAGCUUAUUAAUUACAGUUCACCAUUACCAUACAUGUUCAUCUUCAAUGCAAUUUCUUUUUCUUUUUCAGAAAUGACAUUUUAACUGAGGAAUUGGAAUGCCAGUUGACAGCAAGUGUGACAGCUAAAAAAGAGGAUGAUAGCGAUAGUGAUUUAGACAUAGACUGACAAAUCCAUGUCUAACACUCAAUUUUGAUUGUGUAGUCUGAGAGUGGCCCUAAGAAGGAUUGAUAUCAGUAUUUAGGACUGAAGUUUCAACAACUAUGGCAAUAGUCAUGAUUUUAUUCAAUUUACUGUGUUAUAUCACCUUUAACCCUUUACCUCUCAGAAGUUGUCAAUAUGCGACUAUGUAACUUCUUACUAUUAUAUCCAUAUGUUAGCCAGCAAACUGGUAAUGAGAAUACUCAAACUCAUCAUGUAGAAGUUGUUAUUUGUUAUCUUGAUCUAACACCAAAUUCUUGUUACUAAUUUACAAGAGAAUGUUUAGAAGUUCUAGUGGAGAAUUAUCAAUCAGAUCUUUGUAGUUAAAGGGUUAAGGUAACAUAGGAAAAUAUUGUUUUAAAUUUGCAGAACUUUUGAGUCAUCAGCUGCUCUGUUCCCUUGUCUUCUUCACUAGAAGACAGUACCUCCCUGUGGUUGCUAAUUUAAAGCCAUUAUAAAUUAUUUGAUAAUAAGUAAUAUAAUAUGCAGUUAAGCACACACCAUAAGCAUUUGUUAUCAUUGUAAAAAAAAAAUAUAUAUAUAUAUAUCUACUAAGUAUAUAAAGCUUCUAAAAAUUGUUUUGCAACAUAAACAAGAAAGAGAAUUGCUUUUUAUCAAUUGCUUGCAACUGCAGCAAAUUUAAAAGGUUGCACUCUGAUGAAGAGUUAAUGCUGCCAAUCUAUGUAUCUACCUUUUGAAUUUGCUCAGGAGGUUCAAUUUCCUUUUAUUAGGAGGAAAUUAUAUUAAUUAAAACUGCUUUGUGUAUAUAUUUUGGGUUUUCUUUGUCAUUUACCAAACAUUUGUGGAGACAUUCAAACUAAACUUUCAGUAUACUGUGAAAGGUCAUUUUUACCUCUAACUUUCAAAUCAAGUUCUGGAAGUAAUAUAUUUUUAUAACAAAGAUUUAUUUCAAUUUACUGCUCUACAGUAAACUACUUCUGACAGGUAUUUUAGUUGCUAUAAUCAAAUAAAUGUGUUAACAUCAAUAAUAAGUAUUCAGAAUCUGAUUCAACAGCCUCAAUGCUUUUUCAUCAAUUUAUCACUUUAACUCCCAUGAGUGACCAAGACAGAAUUUCUCCUUACUCUAUCUAGACAAUAUCAUGCAGACAAGUGAUAAGAAUAAGGAAAAAUAUCAAUUAUAGGAUUACUUAUUGAUCUGAUACCAAAUUCUCCAAACUAACAUAAUGAUAAUUAUUUGGCAGAUAGUAAGGAGAAUUACUAAUGAGAUAUUGGGAGUUAAAGGGUUAAUUAGAUGCCAUGUUGCCAUGUGUCUGUUCAACAAUUUAGCAAAGAUGAUGUCAAACUAUGAUAAGAGUCAAAAACUGGCACUCAAGGCUCAGCUGAGUGUGUCAUAGAUGUUCUUACCAAAUACUGACAUCUUCUGUGAUCUAGUAACCCUUUAAGUCCCACUAGUGACCGAGACAGAAUUUCUCCUCACACUAUCAGUAUAAUACCAAGCAGACAUGUAAUGAGAAUAAAGAAAAUAUCAAUUAGGGGAUUAUUAGUUGAUCCAAUACCAAAUUCUCCAAACUAACAUUAUAUGAACUGUAUGGUAGACAGUAAGGAGAAUUACUUAGGAGAUCUUGGGAGUUAAAGGGUUAAGGAACAGACCCGUAACAACAUGGAGUCAAUUGUUUUACACAUUGUUAAUGGAGAUGUCAUUUAUGCGCAUCUGUCCUCCAAUAGAUCAUAGGUAAGAACAAAUAAAAAUGCAAAUAUAAAUAAGCUUAUUGUAUG